GAAUGAUAUAUAUCACAUGGUAGUUGUUCAGUCUGCGCUGAUCCGGAAGUCUGAGCACUUUGUCACUUAAAAGACGCUGUCAUUAUCGAUGAAUCUUGCGACGACUCUGGACCAUGCACACGCUAUAAAACUCUACUUUGUAUCCAAAAAAGGAUCAUCUCCGACAGGUAGUAGCCACUCUUCUGGGUUUUCCCCAUUUCACGUCCCGUUCAUAGUGUGUUUCUCUCCGUCUGUAGUUGUAAGUAUUAGAGUCGUUAGGCCAGAACAAAGACAAUGUCGGACCUUGUUCCUGGGUGGUUCUGUCCUGCUCCCAUCUUGAUUACAGUUUAACCAGCCGUUGCGGCGUCUUCCGCAGGAGAACAUGGCUGAAAAUCUCGAUCCAGCACUGGUUCACAGGUUACCAGGUUUAAAGUCAUUCUUCAACUUGGAUC